UCCCGCUUUCAGCCCCCGCCGCAGGGCUCCGGGCUGCCAAUGGGGGAGCAGCGGAGUUGGGCGACACUGGGGUAGGGAGCUCAUUGGACCCAGUCCCCGAUGGGCCCCCGGAGCUGACCAGUCCCAGUUCUGUCAACACCUCUUGCCCCUCCCUCCACCGCUCCGAAGGCGCAUCGGGGAAUGGACCAAAAAAUGGUGACAUUUCAGAGUUGGAAGGAACCGUAGAGAUCCCCAGACCUUGGGACCUGGAGUCGGGCGUAUAUUUCCUCCGAACUUGUUAGUGUGAGUUUAGCCAGCUUGGUAAUAAAGGUUACCUCUAGCAUACAAGAGCAAGAGGCAAGGAAGGGACUGGGAACCGGCGGGGGAUGGGGGGCGAGGUGUUCCCCAGUCUCUUCCUUCCUCGCGUGGCCGCCAGAGGCCGCUGCUACCUGGUCCCCGCUGGCCGCCCCCUCGCAGACGCUGGUCCCGCUGUCCCCGCUGUCCCAGCUUAGCGGGGCUCGGCAGCGAAGCGCUGCGUCCUGGUGCGCUGCGUUCUGGUGCGGGGCGCCCGGCGCUGUCCCAGGUGUAGCAGGAGGCUGCUGGCGGUGGGACCGGGCGAGGGGCCCGCAGCAGACACAUACGCAGCGGCUGCGCGCUUUUUAACCUUUCGGGCCGGGAGAACCAGAGAGAGAGGGAGCUGAGCAGAGCUCUGCAGAGCUGGGCUGGGCUGGGACCGGAGCUCCCCAGUGCCCCGGGAGAGGCACCCUCGAAGACAGCGAGGCUGGAGCCCAGCUGGCCCUAGAGCGCAGCGACUUGGUGACGGAGAUCCAGCGGUUCCCGACAGUGCCCGACGGAACGAAGCGGGGCAGCGCAGCGUCUGCAAGGCGGCAACGGUCCGGACCCGGCUACAGCCUCUCAGGUCCCUUGGUCCUCGAGUGUAGGAGAAGGGGCGACCUCUGGUUCGGUGGGCAGACGCGGCCGCAGAGACCCCAAUGUUUUCUCCCACUCACCCAGGUGGAGUUAGUUUGAGUCCAGUGCAUUUGCAAGCAAUAGUUGGGAGCCCAGUAAGAGAAUGAGUGAGAGAGACUUUCGGAGCUCGAGCACAGGGGUCUGUCUUUUGGUGCUCUGCUUGACCACACUGUGGGCACGGCUGGCAUUUGCCUCAUCACAUCCUCGGACUCACACAGUGCAUGUGGAACGUGGCACCUGUGAAGUGAUCGCUGCCCAUCGAUGCUGCAAUCGCAACCGAAUUGAGGAGCGAUCCCAGACAGUCAAAUGCUCCUGCUUCCCAGGCCAGGUGGCAGGGACCACUAGGGCCAAGCCCUCCUGUGUGGACGCCUCCAUUGUCCUGCAGAAGUGGUGGUGUCAGAUGCAGCCCUGUCUGCCUGAGGAGGAGUGUAAGGUGCUCCCAGACCUGUCUGGAUGGAGCUGUAGCAGCGGGAACAAAGUCAAAACCACUAAGGUCACCCGAUAGCCCUUGGGGAUACAUUCUACCCCAGACAGGAACAAUGCAACCAUGAGCCAAAGAAGGCUUGAGAGGAGCCAGGCCCCUAAACGAUGGGAAUAACUAGAAGCUCUUGGAUGGGGCUGCUUCAUCAAAAUGACAAGGCAAUGGAAACACUGUCCUCUGGUGGACCUGAACGUCAUUGCGAUGCCCUCUUUCCCAUGGGUACUUCCAUUAAGCAAGCAGCAAGUGUUUCUAGGGUAUUCUCUGUGGAGAGCUCUGUGCGCAGUGAAGACAUAUAUGACAUAAUUCCUGUCCUGAGGAAGCAUAUGGUCUAGCUGGGGAGACCAGACAUACACAGGAAACCAUCAUGGAUAAGUGAAAGCUAGAGAUACUUCUCUGAGCUUGCUGGAGGUCAGGAUAUUAGAUUCUCUGUCUUUCAGGCCUUCCCCUCUUCCUGGGCUUAGGGUGGCAAUCUGGGGCAAUCACAUUCAUUGUUUCCAAUUGAAUUGAACAUCCUCAUGAAGCUGCUGACAUUCUGAAGGAAAUCAUUCCUCUCAUCACCGGUUGGCAAUGACACCUCAUCCGUUUUGGAUGAGUGAGAGGCGUAUGGGAGGAUAGGAGAUAACAACAUCCCACUAGAUUUUGUGCAAUGAGGUAUCCUGUCGGGCAGUUGCUUUCAAAGAAUUGUGGAGUGGGAUCUUAUAUGAGCCUCCUUAAAAGAAGAAAAAGUCCUUAAAAGAGCAUCUCUGAGUAGAGCAAAUAACAUAGCAGAGUGAUAUAGAAAGGACACUGGGCUUGGAGUCAAAACCUGGAUUAGAGUCUUUUUUUUUUUUUUUAAAGAUUCAUUUUUUUUUUUUUUCCGGUAAGGCAAUUGGGGUUAAGUGACUUGCCCAGGGUUACACAGCUAGUAA